AACUGGAGCGGCGCGGCUAUGAGGUUCUGCCGGGACGGUCGAGGAGCUGCACUUAUCCCCGGCCCCCCGAGACUUCCCGUCGCCACCAACCGCCACUAACUGCCACAAACCGCCGGCUCCGCGGAGGCGCCAUGGAGGAGGCGGAGAUGCAGCUCAAGGGGAAGAAAGUUACAGAUAAAUUCACAGAGAGUGUUUACGUCCUGGCCAACGAGCCAUCUGUGGCACUGUAUCGCCUACAGGAACAUGUGAGGCGCUCCCUGCCGGAGUUAGCCCAACAUAAGUCUGACAUGCAGAACUGGGAGGAACAGAGCCAGGGAGCCAUAUAUACAGUGGAGUAUGCCUGCAGUGCUGUGAAGAACUUGAUGGAUAGCAACAUUCAUUUCCGAAGCAUCGAGGGCUUACUGAAGCAGGCCAUCAGCAUCAAGGACCAGCUGAAUUCUUCUCAGGGUCGAAGCCCUUCUGACCUGAAGCCUCCUUCCUUGGCCUGAUUUUUGGAUAAGGCAAAUCUUUCUCUACCUUCCCAGGUAAUCCAUGUGUUCCAGGCAGCAGAGGCCCCCGGAAGACCAGUCAGGCUCAGAAGUCAGAAGCCAGAAGCGCCAAGGAAGAGAAAAGGUCCCUUAUCUUGACAGCAAUGGUUUCAACCCCCCUUGACUCAGAGGUUCCUGUGACCUUGAUGGGUGUGUGUCAAAUUGGUCCCUAACAUGAGCGGACUACAUUUCUGAAAA